UCCUGUAUUUCCGCAAUCGGAAAAAUGGCCAUCCUCGCCGGACUUCAUCACCGCCGGCCAAUCCUGUCAAAUUCAGUACAAGAGAAUCGCAAGACCACUGUAUGCUAUCUCUUCUCCUCACGUCCGAGUUGUAGAAUUCACUGGUUCAGUAGCAGUACCGAGUUCGGCGGAGAAAACGCAUACGACCUCUUAGGGGUUUCAGAAAGCAGCUCAUUCGACGAAAUCAAAGCUUCGUUUAGGAAAUUGGCUAAAGAGACUCACCCGGACCUCGCGCAUUCAAAUAACGAUUCCACUGCUUCACAGCGAUUCAUUCAAAUCCGGGCAGCUUAUGAGAUUCUUUCAGAUACUGAGAAAAGGGCCCAUUAUGACAGGGAUCUAUUAUCUCAGAGAAGGCUAGUGCAGAAAUAUUCUAGACAGGGUUCAACUUUAUAUACAUAUGAAUCCCAUAUUAUGAAGAGGCAGAUGGAAGUUGUUGAAUGGUUGAAGUGGUACAGGUUUGCCACAAAUGAGAUAUUGUCUAAGAAGAAGGUGAUAGCUGGAUCAGGCUAUUUUGAUGUACUUGAAGGGGAAUUUUAUUCAGCCAUUCAUGCAGCAUAUUAUGGCCCUUUAAUUGAGUCUAUGGACCUUCUUCCUGACCGUUUCGAAGCUGAGGAGAGGUCUGAAUAUGAAACUCCUGAGGUGCUGCACCUGGUUUCAGGGCGUGAUCUUUUUGGGAUGGUAUGCAUUGUCAAAAAAAUUCCUGAAUUAUCUCAUGCCUGCAAUGAAAAGUUGACUUCUUUUGCAUCUUUGGGUUUGGAUAUGCAUCAAUUUGUUGGGGAUGCAAGCAUCAGCAUGAAUUCUGAUGCGGCAGAUGACACAGGAACUUCUCAGAUGCAAGCCAAAAAUAUUAAAUAUCAUACAUCGGAUGCAUACAAAGAUUUAGAAUUGCAUGUAUCUGGGAAGGUGGUUGCUGUAGCCACUAGAAUCCCUCCUAAAAGUUACAAUGAUGGAAUACAAAAUGAAGAUUCUCAAGAUCAGAUACAAGUUUUCCUUAGCUCAGAUGAAGGCUUAAUGCAAGUUAGCCAUGGGAUUUCUAAGGAUUCCCUUCUGGGUGGUGCAGUUGGAUUGCGGAUUCCAUUGGGGACAAUAAUUGGGCUAGGAACCAACCCAGAAGAAGGGUCCUGUUUCGUCUAUGAUAGUGGCGGUACAAAAACCCAUGCGAUUAUAAAACACAGAACAUUGAUGGUAAAGCACAUGCACUGGUAUCAGGUUGGAGAUGAGGUUUCUGUCUGUGAGUGUAGAUGCAGUAGAGCACGUUUACCACCCAGCAAAUAUUGGCUGUUUGAGCCUCGCUGUGGAAUGCAUGAUAUUGGUGGUUGGUAUGUUGAAACUUUUGGCAAAGAUAAGAAAGGAUGGACAAUCCCUUCCCAAAGAUAUUGGGAUGGAUUUGAUGCACAUGAACAAUAUCAAAAGAGGGUCCAUCCAGCGAUGUAUUUGCUUGCUCUUGCAUAUAGAACUCUAGAUCUUGAAGAUGCCAGAAGAAGGAAAAGGACAGUUAGGAAUAUUGUGGAAGGCAAACUGUUUAGAAUUCUCAGUUGGUGCAAGAAAAUGAUUUAGGGAGGAAUAAUUUGGACCUUUGCACCAUAAAGCUUCAGUUCUCUAGCAUGGUAAAAUUCCUUUUUUUUCUGAGAUCAUAUGACUAGCUGUUGCUUUUGUUUUACCAUCUUAAUAAUAAAGUUCAUAUUAAGCUGAGUAGCAUCACCAACAACUUUGACAAAGUAGUUUGAUAUUUUGCUAUAAGAUUCAUUAAAGUGAUCCUUGGAAUAUAAUUCAGUAACUUGUAUGCUGCACUCUGGAUUCAUGAAGCUUACCCUUUGUAUAUAUAUGGCGACAUGCUUGGUCAGUUCUGUCUACUUCUUUUUCCAAGGAGAUGAUACCUGUGGAAUUUGAACUCUGUUGAGGAUGAUAUUAAAGAGAGGAGUAGAUGCUAUCUUUUGAUCAUGAGGAGCAACCGGAUUAUGCUUUGAAAAUUCUUUUCUUAAUAUCCUUUUUUUGUGGGUAAAGUUGUACAUAGAUGUAGGUUCUAUUCAUUUAAUCAAUUUAAUUGAUUGGUUAGGCUCUUGCUAAAGGAGGGAAGUUAUUUUUUGCGUCCCCUCUUUCUGGAUGUGCCUUUGUGUUGCCUGUUGUAUUUGCUCUGUGUAUUUUGGUAUGCUGUUCAUUUGACGCUUAUUAUAAAAUCUCAUUAUUUUCCUAUAUAUAUAUAUAUAAAGAGAGUAUAAUAUGCUCUGACAAUUCAUCUGGUUACUUCUGUUGUCGGAUGGUGGCUAAUGCAAGAGGAGAACUGGUGAUAUUUUGACCUGCUGUUGAUAAAUUAGGUUCAUUCUCUAUGGUUUCACAUGUUUGCUGUCUGUAUCUCUAUAUAACAAGCUGCUGAGCCCAUAAGAAUCCUUGGCCUUUUUUCUUUACAUUAAUUACUUUUGAUGUAUAUGUGUUUUUUCUGGUUACGAAUCCCCUUAUUAUUUUAUUUAUAUGCUCCAAAAUUUCUUCAUUAUAUACUCAUUUACACUCCCCUUGCGUUUCUGACUCAUUAAAUAAUCUGGGUGGUUGGUUUCACCAAAAUAAUGAGAUCAAACUUUGACCAUGAACUUUAUUGUCAAUGCAGAUUACAUAGCGUAUUGAUAAUCUGAAUGUUAAAUGACCAGUCUCUCCAUUUUUCUGUCAUAUCAUUUUAGUAGAUCAUCCCAUUUGCAAUACUGGCCACCAGCUAAUGCACGAUAGAACCUAUCUCUGCAGUAGACUGGCCUUCCAUCAGCAGCCUCAGCAGCAGCAGCUGCUAAUUCAUCAUCUGCCAUAACCUCCGCAGGCAAUCUUAACAGCUCUUCUUUUCUAGAACAAUUUAGAAUCAAGUCGAAGAGAUAAAUGAGAAGUAGAAUAAAUACUGCUGAGCAAAGAUUUUAAACCUCUAUUUGUCUAUUCAUACCUUAUAUUGAACUUUGUGCUGAUAUUUGAAGUUGGAACAUUUGACAGGGUCUCUUUUGUGGCAAAACUGGUUCUGAGGAAAUCCUCCACUGGUGUAGCAAAGAUAAAUAGUGUCACUGCUGUAACAACCUGUGUAGAUAUCAGUUAAAGCUUAGACACUUGAGUGUGCCUACAAUUACACUCAAAGUUGUUGAUGCCCCUUUUAAUUGGUUGAAUUGAUAUGAAGCGGUCACAUGAUUGCGUCUAUGCAGAUAAAUUUUGUUGCAACAUUUAUUGAGAAGGGUCUUCAAAUUCAACUUACCCUUGAAGGAUUAAAGCUCGCAGCUGCAAUUGGCACUCCAAGAACAGUGAAAGCUACCAACCAAAGGCCUCCAAGACGUAUGAAGAAGGAUCCUGGACUUAGUUCACCCCAUGAAUAUAAAGGUCCAUCUUUCAGAGAUGAGUACUCAUUCACCUACCAGAGAAGCUGAUGAUGGGACCAUUGAAGCAAAAGACCUAAGCGAUUGCAACUAACUAGUACAGAAAGCAUUUGGUUAGUAUGAACAUACCGGCCUUUGCUCGAACGGGACCUCAAUUUCCAAGCCAGGAUCCCAGCUCCCACCAGGGAUUCCGCUUGUGCCCCCAUCUGUCUCAUCUUUCAAUGCCCUGAUGGAAAUCCCAAGUUUCCGACCUUUGUGAUACUGAAUGGUCCAUGAGCUGAAGGUGCUGCUUCCAAUCGUGACUUGUCUUACACUAGGGAUUGGAGAACAGUAGACAUUUAGCCUUAGCAUUUAUCUCCAGAAUUUGGAUCAAAUUGGUGCAGACAGGCUGAAGAUGAUACUCAGUUGCUGAAACUGAAGCUGGAGGGUACCAGUGCUCUUGAGCUCCACGGUGAUUUGCUUUUAUUUUUGUUGUUUUUUCAGGGACCAUGCAUUAUUUACGUGGACGAAAACAAUUGACGCCCAAUUUUUUGUUUAAUAUUUUGAGAAAAAGGAUGCUGGAUGGAGACCCAAUUCCGCAUUAUUCACCAAUAAAAAACUGCCAUGUAUGGGUGGUCCCAUCACAGAGGUUAUGAGUACGUGGAUUCUACUGACGUGUUUUGUCCAGCACCGUCGAUCUGAUCGACUGACAGGUUUAUAAUGUGGAUUAUCCAAAAUCCUUGAGGCUUUCCCUAUAAUAUCGUGUGGAGUAGAAGGUGGGAGGGGAAGUUCUCGCUUGUGCAACGUGGCAGGUGUUCCUUGCACGCCCUACUCGUGUGUAGGUCUCAAGUUUCCACGAGAUUGAUGGACGUCGACUCUUGAAAUUUUCUGGAGGGAACGCUCCUAUGUUGAGUUUGGCGUGGCUUGUGAGUGUGAAUUGCUAUGCCAGUCGAUGUGCUAAUGGUUUGACUAUGAAGUGCUUUGUUUUUACUUACUAUUAUUGUGGCCAGUUUUUCUUGUAAGGGAUUAGACGGGCCACUCUGCUCCGAGAAAAGUGGCUAAAAAUUGAGCAAUUAUUUUCAAUACUUGGAAGUGAACUCGGCUCAUAUUUUUUUAAUUGAAA